GGCCGUCCUUCUCCAUCGACAUCCGCUCGGACGCCAGCAGCGUUUAUCCGUGGGAAACGGCCAAGAUCGAGUGUUUACUCAGCCUCAGAGACUCUGGAUCCUCACCAAAAACUGGUGUGGGCCUCUUCUCGCUCCUCCUGGGUCUGGUCUGUGCCCACUGCUGCUGCCGCAACACAGCGCACACCCCCCGCUCGCGCAACAAGCUGAUCAACUUCGAGAUGGACUGACAAACACUUUCCCCCGCGCCCCCGCACUGCAGCGCCCACAGGAAGCACCAUGCCAACCACAAACCGGCGCCGGUCGACGACUUCUGGGACACGCAGCUGUUCGCCGACGAUGGGCGUUGGGAAUAAUUGGACCGACCGAUCACAGUGCUUUAACCGGUGCUCAGGACACUUUGUGUUUUUAAUCUCUGCAGCGGAGGUGCGGGGAGCGGGGGGACAUCCACACCCACCAAUGGAGUACAAGCCUUUCAGACUUCUGYUUUCUCUGAGGAAAUCUGUGGCGCUUCUAGUCGAUGUUUUCUUUUAAAACAGCAUAUUUGUUCCCGUCUAAGACUGCAACCCAACGAGAAACUCUGAGAAAUAYGGAGCUUCUGAAACGUCACUGCCUGCUGGGAAUAAAAGACUUUUUAACAGAUCAGUUGCCUCUCUAACCACUAGGAAUAACAAAUGAAGCGCUCAGGCUGGACUACGUCCUGUUUCUUUUUCUUUUCUGUGUCCCCAAGGCUCGGUGCAGAGUACAACCUCUCCAAAUCUGCUAGUAAUUGGGUCCUUCAGUGCAUCAUUGAACUGAGRGGGGGAAAGUCAAGAGUUAGGCUUUUGUCUGCACUGAAACCCUGACGGAUCCACGGUCUGAGUCUUCAGAGUUCACAAAGUUUGUUUUUGUUUUGUAGUGUACUUUCCACACAGGAGGGUACUGCACAACCACCCCGGAGUGUUUCUGUCUAACGAGGACGAUUCAAUUCUCAAGUCUAGUUUUUUGAAAAUUUAAGAGAUUUUAAAAUGUGAGACCUUUUUUAAGCUUUACUAUAAGAUAUGCAGUUUAGUGUGUUUGUGUGUGAGGUAUACUGUACAUGGUGCCAAUAUACAAACUGAUUUCCAGACCAACACUUGAACAGCCGCUAACAGCGAGCGCCCUUCCAUUAUAAAUAGUCAAUAAUAUAUCCAGCUGUUAGGUUUUUUAUUUUUGCCUGAGUCUUGUGUGUUUUGUACACCAGUGUGAGUGUUGUGAGACAAAUGGGUUGCAUGUACGGUUUUUUAAUGACUCGAUCAUGAGCAAAAAUCAUAUUGUUCUUUCUUUUUUAUAUAUAUAAAUAUAUAUAAAAGCCUGAUAUGUCCGGAUUUAAAACCUAGCCGCUAAGUUGCUAGCUGUUAGCACAUAACAUUUCGUAUCAAGGUGGUACAAGACACUCAGCUGCUUCCUUGUUUUUUUGUUUUUUGAUUUUAAGUUCAUGAUUCUCRUGUGUCAGCCUUGUUUUGUUUUGUUUUGUUUUUUUGAAAUUGGUCAACAUGCAGAGACAUGUGCUUAGCUUAGCACAGAGAUGCUAACCUCACUUGCUAAGCUAAAGCUCUAUCUGUUCAGCGACCUGAUGCGAUGAGACUUUAGAAAUGAUUCUCAUUUUGUUUUCUACAAUUUUUUUGUUUUGUUUGGUUUUGUUUUUGCCCCGGCAUAAAUUAAACAAUAAACACGUUGCCACGUUUUAGCAAUG